GACAUAAACCGGCGCGGUGUUUGGACUUCCCUGAUGUCGUGGCGCUCUGAGGCAAAAAGUUGGUGCUCUGAGAGUCCCUGGGACUGAAUCCGAGGUCGGGUGACCCUGGCCUUUUCCUACCCACUCGUCCUUGCCCGCCUUUCCCUCUCCUGGAAGGAUGAGGCGUGCAGGCCUGGGUGAAGGCGCACCUCCUGGCAGCUAUGGGAACUAUGGCUAUGCCAACAGUGGAUACAAUGCCUGUGAGGAAGAGAACGAGAGACUCACUGAAAGUUUGAGAAGCAAAGUAACUGCUAUAAAAUCUCUGUCCAUUGAAAUAGGCCAUGAAGUUAAAAAUCAAAACAAACUAUUAGCUGAAAUGGACUCACAAUUUGAUUCUACAACUGGAUUUCUAGGUAAAACCAUGGGAAGACUGAAGAUUUUGUCCAGAGGAAGCCAAACGAAAUUGCUAUGCUAUAUGAUGCUGUUUUCAUUGUUUGUCUUUUUUGUCAUUUAUUGGAUUAUUAAACUGAGGUGAUGCAAGUUAGUGUGGGCAUUGAAUUUGUUUCAGUUAAUGUCUUGGGGGUACCACUUCAAUAGCCAGCAUCGCAACAUUCCUAAUGGCCUUCUCCAUUGAAGAUUACUGGAGUUUUCCUCUUUCAGAAAUCAUACUAUACCAUAUAAUGUUUUUUGAAUACUGUUCUUUAUUGACUCAUUAUGACCUCUAUUUUCAGGGGUAUUGAAUUAGCUCGAAGUCAGUGUGACUAUACCAGUGUUUUUUCAGUCAGAGUAAAUAUGAACAUCAUAUCCUGUUUUUACAUAAGUAUAACUUUCUGAAGCUAGUGGGGGAGCAGAAGAAUGCCAGAGAACCCAAG